CGGUGGCACAAGAGGGGGCAGCUGGUUUGAGUGGGUUACCCAGACCGGGAGAGCACCGUCGAUCGGGCACAGGAUUGACCGUCCCGCUCCGGUUUGAAAUGCUUUGCCCUUCUUCCUCCAGUCGGCCUGCCUUCCCACUGGCGCAGGGCACUUGUCUCCCAGUUCGAGCCCCACCCCGCCUGGCAAGUCUUUCCAGCCGAGCUGCCGGACGCGAUUCGUGGGAUGGAGACUCAGGGCUCAACCAGGCUGAAUUCCAGGAAGAGAAGGAAAGAAGGGGUAGGACCCAAUGGCGCCACUGAGACAGAUGGCAUUCCGCUCAAGGUGCCACGGAACUGUUUGGGACUCCGAGAGCCGGCUCCAUUUUCCGAUGAGCUUGAAGUGGAUUACAGCAAGCCAUACAUCCGAGUCACCUACGAGGAGGCCUUGAGAGGGACCCCGUUGGACAGACCAGUCAGGGUUUACGCCGAUGGGAUAUUCGAUCUUUUCCACUCUGGCCACGCCCGGGCCCUGAUGCAAGCCAAAAGCCUCUUCCCGAACACGUACCUCAUUGUAGGAGUCUGCAGCGACGAACUGACACACAACUUCAAGGGCUUCACGGUGAUGAACGAGAACGAGCGCUACGAUGCCGUGCAGCACUGCCGCUACGUGGACGAGGUGGUGCGGAACGCCCCGUGGACGCUCUCGCCGGAGUUCUUGGCUGAGCACCGGAUUGACUUUGUUGCCCACGAUGACAUCCCGUAUUCCUCUGCCGGGAGCGACGAUGUAUAUAGGCACAUAAAAGAAGCAGGAAUGUUUGCGCCAACUCAGAGGACCGAAGGGAUCUCCACGUCAGAUAUAAUCACCCGUAUCGUCCGGGACUACGAUGUCUAUGCCCGGCGGAAUCUGCAGAGAGGUUAUACAGCCAAAGAGCUCAACGUCAGCUUCAUCAAUGAGAAGAAGUACCAUUUGCAAGAGCGUGUCGAUAAAGUGAAGAAGAGAGUGAAGGAUGUGGAAGAGAAGUCCAAGGAGUUUGUCCAGAAGGUGGAGGAGAAAAGUAUCGACCUCAUCCAGAAAUGGGAGGAGAAAUCCCGCGAGUUCAUCGGCAAUUUCCUGGAGAUGUUCGGCCCCGAAGGAGCCCUGAAACACAUGCUGAAGGAGGGAAAGGGCCGAAUGCUCCAGGCCAUCAGCCCCAAGCAAAGUCCGAGCAGCAGCCCCACCCACGAACGCUCUCCCUCGCCUUCCUUCCGCUGGCCCUUCACGGCCAGGACGCCGCCGUCAUCUCCAGCCAGCCUCUCCCGGAAUAAGUCCACAAUCACCUAUGACAUCAGCGAAGAUGAGGAGGACUAACGGGGGAGGGGGUUGUUCUAAAUUUGGAAUGGGCGAAUCCCGCCUCCAAAGGCAAAGAGAACCACCGGGAAGCGCCGGACGGCAAGAGCCAAGAGGUCGGAUCUGUUGCAGGCGCACUUGCCUCUUCAAAUAAGGGCUAUUGCGGUGGGGGAUCGGGGUAUAUCUCCAUCUUCUCCAGCAAUUUCCCCUUCCCCCUUUUAUCGCUUUUUUCCUGUCGGUUUCUAGGGGAAGAGGGGAAGCGUGGCUCUUGUUUUUUAAAAAAAGCAAAUGUGUUCUUUUUUUAAAAGCUCCUCCGGUGGCGUUAAAUUAACUGCUCCAGUUGGUUGGGAAUUGUUGGCCAGGCACAGCAAAGGGGCAGCUCCCCGAGCGAGCCUCUUUCCCUGCCUGCCUCUUUCGUCCAUUGCCGGUCCUCUUACUGCAUGGAGGCCAGCCUCAGCUUCCCUGCAGGUUGACCCCAAGGCCUUCAAGUUCCCCGAGCUUGCCUGCAGUGGACGGCAGCACCGAAAGAUGGGCAGACUGUAAUAUUCCCAGAGACCGGCAGCUUUAAAUCGUGGGGUUGCGAAACACGGUUUGGCUUCCCUAGAUACCAGAGCAGGGCCUCUUGGAAGCUCUGUGGGGUUUGCCUAGUCCCUGUGUCUCUAGUCCCCAAGAGAAAAAAAAGUGUGGUGGGAUAUGUGGUGGGUAACCACAGAUUUCCCACUGUGACCCAGUGAUGGUGUUGCGUUUUGUGUCCUCCCUGUCCUCCAUGUGUUUGACAAAAGGAGGGAUAAAAAAAGAGAGAUUUCUGCAUUCACAAACUCAUGUCACGGGGCAGAGCUUGCUUAAUCCACCUGCAGAUACACAACAAGGCAUAGUCGGUAGAACUGCUGCAAAGCAUCAAGGGAAGCAGCUCGCUCCCAAAUUAGGGGAGACCCCGAAGGUGGUGGCAUUCAUCUUUUGGCCUCUGGGGCCGGGGACAGAUUGGGCACACUUGCUAUGCAGAUCUUGGAUCCCUGACUCCGUUCUCUGUGGGUCCAUUGGGAGGUCCCACUUGCAUUUGGAACUUGCUCUUCGGCGGUUAAACCAAAGAGCACCAGAACACGUCUGCAUGGUCUUACUCCUGUGCUUUUGUCCUUUGGCAAAAGUUCACAGCCCUUUCCUCGGUGACUGCUGUUGGGUCUUCGAGACCACAUGGCAGUGACUGGGAUGUCGUCGUGUUUUCUGAAAUGUCCUCACCUCUCCCCACCCAUGUGCGUGCAUGCGCAUGCCACCUUCCCUCCCAGUCCCUGUUUCCCCAGAGUGUAGCAUGUACUGCUGUCCACGCGUCCAUCCCUGCAGGUCUUGUUUCGUCUGUCCGUCCCAGUGUUUCCAGUGCUGAAUGUCCUGGGAUCUGUCGCCACCUCUUUCUGACGGAGAGGAGACAGACGGUUAUUAAGAACCUCACUGAACCGGUGCUGUGUCUCUCCCCCCUCUCCCAAUGUCCAGUAGGGCAGAUCCAAGCGGAGGGUUUGACGUGGUCCUUACUCGGCGUUCGGUACAAGUCUUUACCACCUGUUAGCUCUGCCCCUUGCAGAGAGUCUGAAGUGACUUUACACAAAACAGCUGUUUUCCCAUCUUGACGCACUGCCUGUUCAAUGGGUUGUUGACUUUUGUUAUUAACUCUGUAAUAAACGUUCCGAUUUUUCUGUCA